GAUUCUCUACUAUCAAGAAUGGCUGGUUUUUUAUUAAGAAAGGGUGUUGCGUUGUUGUUUCAACUAAUUGAACUUCUUUUAAUUCUAUGUUACAUUUUGCCAAGAUUUGUCAAUUCACAGGGAUAUUUUCCGAGGCUUGACAGCAUAGGAGCACACAAAAGUGUAUCUACUGUGCCAUCUCAGGCAACCUGUGGUUUGCCAGUGAGGAGCGCAUUCUGUCUUAGCACAACUGCUGUGGAAAGCAUAUUGUCCUGUACCCAGCAAUCCUGCAUACAAGAAUGCCCUUACAGAUCUUCCUCUCCCUCCUAUGCUGAUCUUUUCUCCAGAGGCUUAGGCACUUGUGUCACUGAGGACAAACAUGAUUUGAGACCAGGGACUUCGAGGAAUACCACCAGCUUUAUAUUUUGGAAUCAAACAGACUGUUACACUACGCCUCCUCUUCAAAAUCUUGGGUUUGGAAGUUCAUUUACCUUAACAGUAUGGUUGAAACCUGACCUCAACGAUGUAAUGACCGUUAUCGAAAAAGGUAUCAAUAAACAAACAGUUUUCAAGCUAACAAUAUCAGAAGGAGGAUCCAUGUUUUAUUACCGCACAUCUGUUGGCUUGCAACUACCAGUGAUGUUGAAUACACGUGGAAAAAUCCACUCCAACAAAUGGUCUCAUCUGGCAAUUCAGGCACAGAACACUCGAGUCAGUUUCUUUAUAAAUGGCUUAGAGGAAGACAACACUGCUUUCGAUACACAGCUUCUCACUGAACAAAUUUCAGAUGUAACCACCAAUGCUGUUAUACGGAUUGGACAAAGUCUGAAUGGCUCUGAGCAGUUCAAUGGUAGAAUGCAAGAUAUACGGUUCUAUCAAACAGCUCUCUCAAACAGAGAAAUUCAUGAAGUGUUUUCUGGUAAAUUACCAUUCAUACACACCCAGACAAAUUGUCGCUGCCCAGGGACUCAUCCACGAGUCCAUCCACUUGUACAAAGGUACUGCAUUCCAAAUGGUGCUCAUGACACAACGAAUGACCGGGUGCUUCGACUGAAUUUGGAUGGUCAUCCAUUAGAUUACAUCAAUGAUGAGGACAUCGGAACAUCAUGGGUUUCCUCUGUGUUCACUGAUUUAGCUCAAUUGGAUAAUGGAGUCAGCAUAACUGUUGAUUUACAGAAUGGGCAAUAUGAGGUCUUCUAUAUUAUUUUGCAAUUUAGUAGCCCUCAGCCAGAAGUUGUUAAAAUUCAAAGGAAAAAGACCAGAGACUCUGAAUGGCUAGAUUGGCAGUAUUUUGCUCGAGACUGUGCAAGUAUAUUUGGAAUGGCCAAUAAUGGCCUCCUAGAACAUCCAGAUACAGUGAAUUGCCUUCAGUUUCCUCGCACCAUUCCAUACUCAGAUGGAAAUGUGACUUUCAGUAUAUUGACUUCUGAACCAAACAGACGUCCUGGGUACAAUGUCUUUUACAAUACGCCAGCUCUUCAACAAUUUGUCAAGUCUACUCAUGUAAGAAUUCACCUGAGAGGUCAAUACUAUACCAGGGAAACAUCAGUGAACUUCAGACACAGAUAUUAUGGAGUGAAUGAAAUCACUAUAAGUGGAAGGUGUAACUGCCAUGGUCAUGCUGAUCAGUGUGACAUUACAGCCAAUCCAUACAAAUGCAUGUGCAUGCAGGGGAGCCACACAGAGGGUGAUAAUUGUGAGCGCUGCCAGCCACUCUUCAAUGACAAGCCUUUCCAUCAGGGUGAUCAGAUUCAUGCUUAUCACUGUAAACCUUGCCAGUGCUAUGAACAUGCCAUCAGUUGCCACUAUGACACUUCCAUUGAUCCAUUCCCUCAUGACUACUUUCAAGGUGGUGGUGGAAUUUGCGAUGACUGCCAACAUAACACUGCUGGACGAAAUUGUGAAUGGUGUAAAGACUAUUUUUACCGAGAAGUAGGUGUCAACCUCUCAGCAACUGAUGUGUGCAAACCUUGUGAUUGCUUACAAUCUGGAGUCAUAAACGGGAGCCUCCUGUGUGAUCAGAUUGGAGGCCAGUGUAAAUGCAAGAGACGCGUGUCUGGCAGACAGUGUAAUCAGUGCCAGGAUGGAUUCUAUAAUCUGCGCUUCUCAGACCCUGAUGGCUGCAGUCCUUGUAACUGUAAUACCUCUGGGACAGUGAAUGGAGAUAUUACCUGUCACCAAAAUUCAGGUCAAUGCAAGUGCAAAGCAAAUGUUAUCGGAAUAAUAUGUGAAUGCUGCAACUUUGGUUUCAAACUAUUGAACAGUUCAAAUUCAGAUGGAUGUGAAUCAUGCAACUGUAAUAUCAAUGGUUCUGAGAACCAAUUCUGUAACCCAUACAGUGGAGAGUGUUACUGUAAGGCAAACAUCAGAGGAUUUCAAUGUGACACUUGCAUGGAUAACUUCUAUGGUUUAGAUGCUGGUGGCUGCAAACCUUGUGAGUGUGACUCAGCGGGGUCAGUCCUUGAAACCAUAUGUGAUUCUAAAACAGGUCAGUGUGUUUGUAAACCUAAUGUUGGAGGACAGUGGUGUGACAUUUGCCUGGAUGGAUAUUAUGGUCUAUGUUCAAGUAACUCCUUGGCCUGCUUCCCUUGCAAUUGUGACACAGCAGGUACAAUAAAUAGAUCAACGGAUUGUGACAAAUCCACAGGACAGUGUCUUUGUAAAACAAAUGUUACAGGCCUACAUUGCGAUCAAUGUGUUCCUCAUACUUUCAACCUUAGUUCAUCCAACUUUGACGGCUGUCAGUGGUGCAACUGUGAUCCUGCAGGGACCGUGGAAGGAACUGUUUGUGACCAAAGCAAUGGUCAGUGUAUUUGCCAGCUGAAUCGCCAUGAAAAACAGUGCGACCAAUGCAGGCCAGGUUUUAUGCUUCCCUCGGUUAAUUCCACUGCUUGUUUACCAUGUGAGUGCCAUCCAAAAGGAUCAGUGCAUCAGACCUGCGAUGGUGUCACAGGACAAUGUGUUUGUCGAGACCCUUCAGUGACUGGGAUACACUGUGACCACUGCAAGGAGCAUUAUUUUGGUUUUAACCCUGGAAGUGGAAGCUGCCAACCAUGCAAUUGUAACCCUGCAGGCAGUGUUAAUGGCACUUGCCACCAAACAAAUGGAGCAUGUUUCUGUAAACAGUUUGUAACUGGUUUAAAAUGUGAUGUAUGCGCCCACUAUAUGAGUCACUUGGAUGUGAACAACACAUUUGGCUGCAGUAAAACUCCAAUUCAGCAACCCCCACCAACAGCCCACGUUUUGAAUUCUAAUGCUGUUAAUCUAUCAUGGAGUCCACCUGAUGCACCAAACACUAAUGAGCUCACAUACACAUUGUACAGAGAUGGAGUAGAAAUUCAUACAGUUCAGGAUAAGUAUCCAUUUGGUAUCAAAAGCUUCAGUGAUACUGGUUUGACACCUUAUACAACUUAUUCUUAUUAUAUUGUGGCAAGCAAUGCUCAUGGUAGCACAAGAAGCAGUAUUGUUAGCUAUCGCACGAAGACUGGCUGUCCCACUGGGUUGUUUCAUUUGAGUCAUGUUGGAUUUGUUGGAUCACAAUCAGUUAUGUUAAACUGGACAACCCCAUCAAAUGCUUCGGGACCUAUUGAGAAAUAUAUAUUGAAAUCUACUACUCCAGACAAUCCUGUGGAUCAGGUGCAUUAUAAAGGCCUCCAAACAUUUGUGACUUUGAAUGAUUUGACUCCAUUUACAAAAUACACUUUCACUGUCCAGGCUUGUACUACUGGGGGCUGUAUUGAAAGCAAUCCAGUUGUGGAAAUAACUGAACAGGCUCCACCUGAAGAGCAAGGACCCCCAAUAGUUAGAACUGUCAGUUCUACAGAGCUCUUUGUUGAAUGGAUUGCUCCUGGAAAACCUAAUGGAAUAAUAAUUCGAUAUGAACUCUACAUGCGAGGACUCUUACAACCAAAUGGAUCUCACAAUCCUCCUCAAAGGCGCGUUUUUCAAGACAGUGGAUGGUUUAACCCUCAGUCAAUUUUAGAAUCACCUAACGAAAAUGCAUUGAUUCCACCACAGACUCAUACAACAGUUCCUAGUUUGGUACCAUUUACUGUGUAUGAGUUUCAAGUGCAUGCGAUUAAUGUGGCAGGCAGUGCAUCCUCACAGUGGGCAUCAGGAAGAACUGCAGAAGCUGCACCCUUGUUUAUGGCUGCACCAUCAGUUUUCUCACUUUCAUCAUCUGCUUUAAAUGUCACAUGGGUGCAACCGAGCAACAAUUCAAUAAGAGGAGAAGUGAUUGGAUAUCUUAUCAACAUCGAUGAUGAACAGACCACUAAUCAAUCUGCGCUGCCAAUAAUUUCACAAGUGCUUCAUAAAGUGGGAGCCAAAAAGAGAUUCUGCAUUGUGACAGAUUUGAAACCCUACAGAAUUUACAACUUUACAAUCACUGUCUGUAAUCGGAUUGGAUGUGUAACAAGUGAACAAGGCUCAGGUCAAACAUUAGCUACAGCUCCAGCAGGACAAAGUGCACCUAGAGUGGAAGCAGUGAACAGCACAAUGAUGAAACUAUACUGGCAACCACCUAUGGAUAUGAAUGGUCCCCCUCCAGUGUACCAGCUGGAAAGGAUGGAUACGUCUUUAUUUAGCCACCUUGUUCAUGCUGAGAAAGGAACUCGUUUCCCUGGUCAUGGCUACUUCAAAUUUCCUAGUUCAACUCUGCCUGUCAACACGUACUUUACUGGUAUAAAACUCAGCUUCAAGACCAGUCAGCCUGAUGGGUUGAUUCUCUUUGCUGUGUCUGUGGGAAGCCAGGAAGAGUAUGUUGUGCUGCAGAUACAAAAUGGACAUCCUUUCUUCCUUUUCGAUCCACAGGGUUCUGCUGUUGCAGUUACUCCUACUAAUGAUAGAGGACAAACAUAUAAUGAUAACCAGUGGCACCACAUCACUGCUACAAGAACUCAGGCUGAAGGAACAAUUGUUGUGGAUGGCCAAUAUACAGGUUCAGCAUUUGCACAAAGUGGUAGCACUAUUAUUGGCGAUAAUACAGGAGUAUUUAUAGGAGGACUACCACAGGAAUUUACCAUUAUCAGAGAGGACACAGGUGAUACAAAAGUGAUUGAAAAGGGAUUUGUGGGAUGUCUCAGCGAUGUGCAGAUAAAGAAGAGAGUGACUCCAACAGAGGAUUGGGAAGCAUUGGAUUGGAAUAGCGCUGAAGAAAAAGUUGGAACAUAUCACAGCUGGGAGGGCUGUCCAAGUGUUCUUGUGGGUGGAGCACAUUUCCUAGGACAAGGGUAUUUAGAGCUGCAUUCAAGUAUUUUUUCUGGUGGGAUGCAAUUUGAGGUUUCGUUUCAACUAAAGACAGACCAGCUAAAUGGUUUACUUUUCUUCGCUUACAAUAAAGAAAUGAAGACAUACCUUGCUGCUGAAUUGCACAGUGGAAUUUUGAGCUUCUUGUUCAAUACAAGCUCAAGCACUACUCGAGUUGACCUUUGGUUGGGACUUUCUUACUGUGAUGGAAAAUGGAAAAACAUUAUACUUAAGAAGCAAGGUGAAGUGGCAUCAGUGAAUGUAAAUGGGCUAAUUAAGGAAGAACGGGCUCCUGAGGAAGAAGAGCUGAAAAUAAACUCUCCGAUUUAUCUUGGUGGGAUCCCAACUGAAGCAGAAAUCUUCUGCAGAGGAUGUGAACUAAAACAAGGUUUCGGUGGGUGUAUAAAAGAUGUUAGAUUUACAAAAGGUUCUGUCGUAAACUUGGUGACUGCAUCCACUAAUGCUGUCAGAGUCAAUCUGGAUGGAUGCUUAUCACCUGACAGUACUGGUAACUGUAAAGGAAAUAACUCCAUUAUUGUGUACACUGGGAAGAGGCGCACUGUUUAUGAUGGUAGUUUGCAUCCAUUCACAGAAUAUUUAUACAGAAUUAUUGCAUCAAAUCAAGGAGGGUCAGUGUUUAGUCCUUGGGAGCGAGGGCGUACAAAUGAAGCAGUUCCACAAAAUGUGCCGACUCCCUCAAGGAUUCGCAGUAUAAAUGGUUACAGAGUUGAGGUGAGCUGGGACGAGCCUGCUGAGGUCAGAGGUGUAAUUGAGAAGUACAUUUUGAAAGCAUACAAUGAGGACAGUCCCAGCACGCCCCUCAUCAGGGCCAACUUUACUGACACCCGUUCCCUGGCAGGAAACUUGACUGGCCUGAUUCCUUUCACAAAUUAUAGUAUAACACUGACUGCCUGCACUAUGGCUGGCUGUGCAGAAAGUACAGACACAUGGAAACUUACAACACCAGAAGAAGCUCCAAAAGAUGUUCAGCCUCCAAAUGCUAUGUCUUUUCCUACAUCGUUACUGGUAUCAUGGCCUUUACCAAAGCAACCAAAUGGUAUUAUCACCCAUUAUACAAUGUUCAAAGAUGGUAAACUGAUCUACACAGGCAAUGAGCAAACAUACAAUAUCACUGGUUUAGCAGUCUACUCCCCACAUCAGUUUGUGCUUGAAGCAUGUACCAUCAUUGGAUGUACAAACAGUUCCCAGAUCACCUUAUUUACAGCACAGCUGCCACCUUCUAAUGUUGAUGCACCAGCCCUGACUGUCCUGGACUCAAGAAGCAUAUAUGUGCAAUGGAGAGAACCUCCAAAACUUAAUGGACAUCUUGAACGCUACUUGCUACAUGUUUUGACCAGCAAAGACAAUUUGAGCAACAGUGAUAUGAUGUAUAAUAGCUCCGACCUGAAUGUGGAUUUCACUCUGAGACAACUUGAACCUGGGACGAGGUACUUCAUAAAACUUUCCACAUGCACUGGAGGAGGAUGUACAAUGAGUCCAGCUAGUACGGCUAAAACUGAGGAGAGUACCCCAGAAAAGAUCCCUGCUCCAGUUGUCUGCUCUUAUACGUCCAAUUCCUUUAACAUCUCAUGGACAGAACCAGAGUUACCAAAUGGUAUUAUCAUAAAUUAUGGACUGUUUAUGAAUGGAGUGUUAGUGGAAAACUCCUCUUCUUCACUUGGCUGUCAUGUUAAUGAUCUAACACCGUGGAGUCUCCAUAACUUUAGAGUUCAAGCUUGUACAGUUAAAGGCUGUGCAUUAGGUCCCCUGGUAAAAGCUCGAACCCUGGAAUCUAGACCAGUGGGAUGUGUUUCACUUGCUGUCAUUGUUGAAGACCCCAGGUCAGUCCAAGUGAAAUGGACAGCUCCAAGUACACCAAAUGGACUUUUGAAAUAUUCAGUUAUUUUCACCGGGCUAUUUUAUGCAGAACAAGGUAAUAAUUAUUCUAUCAAGCACCUAUCCCAGAGGUUAUACCAAAGUUCAGAAGCCAAUGUAUGGGUAACCAUAAGAGGACUACUUCCCUAUUCCAACUACACCGUGCAAGUGAAUGCCUCCAAUAGUCAAGGAUAUCUGUUAAGUGAUCUCACAGCAAUAAAGAUGCCUCCUGGGACUCCAGAUGGUGUGCUGCCUCCAAGGCUCUCAUCUGCCACUCUGACCAGUCUUCAGGUUGCCUGGUCUGCACCAGCUCGUAAUAAUGCUCCAGGCUUGCCCAGCUACCAGCUUCAGACAAGGCUCCUACAUUCCACUGGUGAAAUUUCAGACUUGUUGCCCAAUCCGACAACAGCCAUUAGCUAUUUAGCAACAGGUCUUCAUCCAUAUACAGCCUAUGACUUCAGACUGGUUACUUCCAAUGGACAUGGUAGUACCAUUAGUGACUGGACACGGAUAGUUACCUCAGAAGAUAAACCUGGGCCAGUGGAUCCACCUCUUGUGCUGAAAGUCAAAUCUCAAAGUCUAUUAUUGAUAUGGCAACAUUCAUCACAGUGUAAUGAUAACAUUACUCACUACCAAAUUUAUCAGAAUGGCUCCAGGUUGGCCACAGUGCCAAGCAACAUUACCAGAUAUUUUGUAGCCCAUCUACGUCCAUACACUAUGUAUGUUUUCCAAGUAGAAAGCUGCACAUCAGCGGGAUGUUCCCUGUCACCAACCUCGCAUGUGGUUCAAACUCUUCCGAAAGCUCCUGAGAAUAUUUCUAAUCCAGAACUUUAUUCAGACACUCCAACCUCAGUACUCAUAUCAUGGAACUUACCAGCCCAUCCCAAUGGUGUUAUUGAUAACAUAGCUAUUGAGAGAAAGGUUAAAGGGACAGAAGAGCUUUUGACCCUUGUGACUGAAACGUCUGGCCAGCCAUUGAGAUAUGUGGAUAAUUCUGCAGACCUAAAUCCAUGGACUACAUAUGAAUAUAGGAUCCUAGUAAGGACCAUCAAUGGAGGAACAAACAGUAGUGCUUGGAAGGAAGUUACCACAAGGCCUUCAAGACCUGCUGGAGUACAGCCACCUCACAUUCAGAUUCUGAGUCCAAAUUCAGUUAAGGUUACUUGGCGAGCUCCACUGGUGAUAAACGGUGAAAUCCUUCAUUAUGAAAUCCGAAUGCCCAAUCCACACAUCAUAAUUUUGAACACCUCCGUGCUGCAGUACACCGUGAUGGAUCUACUCCCUUCCACCAAUUAUUCAGUGACAAUUGUUGCUUGCACCGGUGGUGGAGGAUUCAUAGGGGGCUGCACUGAAAGUUUGUCAAUUGGAGUAAUUACUCACCCCACAAUUCCCCAGGGUAUUAGCCCCUUGGUUGCAACACCCAUUAACGAGUCAUUUAUUACUGUUUUAUGGCAGCCUCCCAAAAGACCAAAUGGACCUAAUGUAAGAUAUGAGUUGCUAAGGCACAAAUCCGAACAACCACUUGCAUCAAAUCCCCCUAAAGAUUUAAAUCUUUGGCUGACUAUUUACUCAGGGACACAAAUGUACUAUGAAGAUAAAGGUCUUAACAGGUAUACAACGUAUAAGUAUAAACUGAUGGUCUAUAAUGAUGUGGGGUACGCAGCAGGGGAAGAAGUCACAGCCAUCACACUUGCAGGUGUUCCUAAUAGUGGGAGUAAUCUUACAGCACAGGCCAUAAACCACACAGCAAUAGAAGCAGAGUGGACCAGACCAACUUUGCAAGAAUUGGAGGGAGAUGUGGAAUAUUACAUCCUGUACAUCAAUUCAACUACCUAUAGCAACUCUGUCUCCUUCCCAGCUGAUGUGAACUAUACACUGAUUGACGAUUUGCAUUUAAACACAGAAUAUUGGCUUUUCAUUGAGGUCUUCAAUGGAGCCCAUAGUGCCAGAAGCGAGAUGGUGCAUGUGACAACGUCUGAUGGGGAGCCUGAAGGCAUGCUACCUCCAGAGGUCAAUGUGAUCAAUAGUACAGCUGUUCGUGUCAUCUGGACAUCACCAUCAAAACCAAAUGGUUUUGUCACCAAAUAUUCUAUUUAUGUGAAUAAAGAGCAGCGUGAUACUGGCAUGAAUUUACCUGGGUCUUUUGCAUUGACAGACCUCCUUCCAUUUACUGUAUAUGAGAUACAGGUUGAGGUCUGCACAGUGUAUGCUUGCACUAAAAGCAACUGUACCCAAGUCACCACUACAGAGGAUAAACCAAAUGAUAUAGCUGCACCACAUAUACAUGUUAUCAACUCAAGGUCUCUUAGAAUUGAUUGGAAAUCCCCCGCACAGCCAAAUGGCAUUAUCAGGGGGUAUGAAAUUUGGCGAAGAACAUUGCAUCAAUGUAUAGAUGUCAUGGAUUCAAAAGUAAAUCAGAAGAGUCAACAAUGUGUUUAUGUUCAAUGUAAAAUAAAUGAAAAUAUCUGUGGCCACUCCUGCUAUCAGCCAGAGAGUCAGGUUUGCUGUGAUGGAGUGCUGUACAGCAGUCAGCCAGACUACACUUGCUGUGAAGACAGAUACAUUGCCUGGAGUUUGAAUUCCUCCAUAGUUUGUUGCGGUGGGCUUCUCCACACCUUCCAACCUGGGUUUCAAUGCUGUGGGAAUUAUUAUGUUAGAGUUCUGCCAGGCGAAGUUUGCUGCCCCAAUGUGCAACAGAAUCAAGUCUCCAUUGGAAUUGGAGAUUCCUGCUGCAUGGGAAACCCAUACUUUGAAGGGGGCAACCAGAUCUGUUGUCGAAAUUCACUUCAUGAUGGUUUUAACCAACAGUGCUGUGGCAAACAGUUAUUUAGCACAGAGCUAUUGUGUUGUGGCAAUGAAGAAGAAGGGACUGCAUAUGAAUCCACUACAGGGCUGGUCUGUUGUGGGCAGGACCUGGUGGAUGCAUCAAUUACCCUUUGCUGCAUUGGACCUGAUGGGUCAAGGAAAUCCCAUAUCAUUGAUGGAGCCCAAGUCAAAUGCUGUGGUACUGAAGUUAUAUCCAGCAAUGAACAAUGUUGUAAUGGGGUUGGUUAUAAUCCCUCAGAACAGGCUUGUGUUAACAGAACUUCAGAUGGAAAGACAGACUGUGACACGAGUACUGAAUGUUCACUAUCCCAGAAAGCCAGAGGAUAUUGCAACAGCUGUGGUUUCAACUCCAGUGCUCAUAUUUGCACCUGGUCAGAAAAACUGGAGGUCCCUACUGCAGUGAAUAAAGAAUUGAGCGAAAAGCUUUGCUUUUGGCAAGAGGAGAUCAUUAACACAGGAGGUCCCAGCAGCCAUACAUUCACAGAUACUAAUUUAGAUCCAUAUGUUACAUAUGAGUACAGAGUAGCUGCUUGGAAUCGCUGUGGAUGGGGUUUUAGUAACAUCAGCAGAGCUACCACUGAACAAGAUGUGCCUCAGGGUGUGAAUCCCCCUCAAUGGAGGAAAGUGGACAACAGGAACGAUAUGAUCUUGCUGAACUGGAAAGCUCCAGCACAACCAAAUGGCAUUAUCACACGUUAUAUUGUUCUACGCGAUGGGACUGAGCGUUUUCGUGGGACAAGCUUCAGUUUCACAGAUACUGGAGGCAUUCAGCCAUCUCAGGAAUACACCUACCAACUAAUAGCUUGCACAAUUGCUCAGUGUGCAGUCAGCAGCAAGGUUGUUGCAGCAACUGUCCAAGGAGUCCCUGAAAAUGUCUACUCCCCAACAAUGAUUGCACUUAAUGCAACCUCCUUACAGCUUAUGUGGAGACCACCAGCUAAGCCAAAUGGUAUAAUACAUGAGUACCAAAUCCACCAGAUUGAGACACGGCUGAUCUAUACGGACACUACUAAUAGGAUGAAGUUCGUUGCAGCAGAUCUCCAGCCGCACACUAACUACACUUUCACAGUGACUGCGUGCACUUCUGUUGGAUGCAGCACAAGCCAGCCUGCAACAGGCAGGACUCUGCAAGCUUCUCCAGAAGGAGUUUGGCCAAAGCCUCAUCAUGUUGUAGUAAGUUCCAACAUCGUAGAACUCUAUUGGACAGAGCCAACGAAGCCAAAUGGGAUCAUCACACAGUACCAUUUAUUACGUGAUGAUGCAGUCAUCUUCACUGGUGGAAGUAUAAACCACAACUACAUAGAUACUGGCUUGCAGCCCAACACUAGACAUGUGUACCAAUUGCAAGCCAACACAAGAGGAGGGACUGGUAGAAGUGAAAAUUACAUUGUUCAAACACCAGUAUCAGCACCAGAGAGAAUUCCAGCUCCAUAUAACAUUACAGUGGCUAGUCCAUAUUCACUCUUCAUAGACUGGACUCCACCUGGUGUUUUCAAUACCACAGCCCCCUUGCUAUAUAAUGUCACUUUAAACCUUGGGACUGCUCGAGCAAUUAUUUGUCCCGCUGGUCAUAAUCAUUCCCUAUUAGUGGAAGAACUGAAACCAUUUACAGACUAUGAGAUAAGAAUUCAGGCAUGUCAGCCAGAUGGCUGUGGAGUUGGUAAACGAGCAUACAUGAAGACAGCGGAAGCACCACCACAGGAUCAACAGCCACCUGCCCUAACAGCAGUCGGUUCAGCAGUUGUAGAAGUCAAAUGGCUUCCACCUGAAAAGCCGAAUGGAAUUAUCACAAAUUAUUCUAUUUACAGGCGACCUGUUGGGACUCAGGAAGAACUGCUGAUUUUCAUUUGGUCUGAAGGUGCUUUGGAGUUUAUAGAUGCUUCAGAUAUGCUUCAACCUUACACUGGAUAUGAGUAUCGCGUCAGAGCUCGUAACUCUAGGGGAUCGGUAGACAGUCUGUGGGCUUUUGUACAAACCCUUGAAGCAGCUCCUCAAGGCAUGGCUGCUCCCUCUACUCAAGCCACAAGUGGAUUCUCUGUCUUACUGCAUUGGACCCUGCCAAGCUUUCCUAAUGGAGUUAUUUCUCAAUAUCGUGUUGUCUACCAAGAGAAAAGAAAUGAUCCAACAAUUAACACAACUAUAAUUACAGCAGUGACAAUGCCGGGUACAAGCAACCAGACUCAUGUGUUUGGAUUAAAGCCUUUCACCAUCUAUAAUUUUAAAGUGCUUGCCAUAAAUAAUGCUGGGCAAGUGGCAAGCCCAUGGACUUCUAUACGCACCCUAGAAGCAUCACCCAGUGGGCUCAGCAAUUUCACUAUUGAGCAAAGAGAAAAUGGCCGUGCAUUGUUACUGAAAUGGUCAGAACCCAGUAACCCAAAUGGAAUAAUCAAGACAUACAAUAUUUAUAGUGAUGGCAAUUUGGAGUACAGUGGUUUGUUCCGUCAGUUCUUGUUUAGACGCCUGGAGCCUUACACAGUCUACACACUCAUGCUUGAAGCUUGCACAAAGGCAGGCUGCACACAUCUUCCACCACAAGAAAUCAGGACAGAUGAAGCACUGCCAACCUCUCAGCCUGCACCUACUAUUCAGUCAGUGAAUGCAACACAGAUUGAACUGAGGUGGAUUAAGCCACUUAGUGCAAAUGGAAAAAUAAUACAGUAUGACGUGUUUCGUAAAAGCAAUAGACAAACUGCAAGCUACCAUGAAAAAAGAGAACUACUGAUAGAUGAAGAAGUUGUAUUCAGAGAAUAUGAGACAGGCAAAGAUGAUUAUUUAUUCAUUGACAGCAAUUUAGUACCAUGGACAAGGUAUGAGUAUAAAGUACGUUGUUGGAAUUCUGUUGGACAUGCAAACAGCCCGUGGGUGGUUGUGAAAACCAGCCAGGAUGCACCUACUGGCCUUUCUGCUCCUGGUGUUCAAUAUGUACCAGAUAAUCCUCAUAAACUAGUAAUUUCUUGGUCUCCUCCAGAAAAAAUCAAUGGUGUUCUCCAGUCCUACAGACUACAAAGGAAUAAACUUACUUUCCGUUUCAGUUUUGAUGCUCUAACAUUUAAUUAUACAGAUGAAGGCCUGCUUGCAUACACAGAGUACAGCUAUGCAGUGAUUGCUUGUACAGUGGGAGGCUGUUGCACCAGUAAAGCUACUAAAAUACGAACACUUGAAACGGCUCCAGCUUUUGUGAACCCUCCAAUACUUCAGACUAUUAGUGCAACACAGAUGAAUGCUUCAUGGAUAGCACCAAUGAUGCAAACUGGAAAGAUUUCUGAAUAUAGAUUACUUGUUAAUAAUGAACAGACCUACUCUGGACAGGGGCUAACUACUGUAGUUUCUGGUCUAAAACCAUACACACAGUACUCUUUCAACUUAAUUGCCUGCACUAAUGGUGGCUGUACUUCCAGCUCAUCUGUAAAUAGUCGGACAAUGGAAGCACCACCAUCUAAUAUGGUAAAACCCAAGUUACAGGUCACAGGAUCAGAAUCUAUUGAAGUUACAUGGGAAGAACCAAAAAAUCCCAAUGGACAGAUCAGAAACUAUGAACUAAGGCGCGAUGGGAUGCUCAUUUAUACAGGCCUAGAAACUCGAUAUCAUGACUUCACUCUGACACCAGGGGUAGAGUACAGUUACACUGUUGCUGCCAAUAAUAGCCAAGGAAGUGCCAUCAGCCCUUUUUCCAAAGCCAGGACUAAUCCUUCAGCUCCUUCUGGAAUGGCUCCUCCAAAAUUACGUGUAUGGACCUCUAGUGACAUCUUAGUAAAUUGGCAACCACCUGCUCAGACUAAUGGAGUGAUUGUAAACUAUACAAUAUUCUGUCGUGACCUUACUACAACUGAUGUUAAAGCUUUCACGCUUUCCCCACCUGACACCUCCUUUAUGAGUCAAUCUUUCAAGUUAACAGGACAAAAACCAUAUUCGAGAUAUGAAGUGCGUACUGAAGCUUGCACGGCCCUUGGUUGUGCUUCCAGUGAAUGGGCCUCAGUAAGGACUCUAGAAGCUGCACCUACCAUGCAACCCAGGCCUGUCAUUGAAUUGCAGACUGAUGCAAAAGGAAUCCAAUUGGUGUUUUUAAUAUCAUGGACCAUGCCCAAAAAUCCCAAUGGUGAGAUCUUGUACUAUGAAUUGUACAGAAGACAAGUAACACAUCCAUCAAUGAAUACAGAGUUGGCACUUGUUUACAAUGGCUCCUCUAACCUAUUUCAAGAUACAAUGUUACUUCCUUAUACUGAAUAUGAAUAUCAGGUAAACUCAGUGAAUUCUGGAGGAAAAACAUCCAGUGCAUGGACUCACUCAAGAACGGGACAAGCUCCUCCUGAAGGCUUGUACCCACCCAGCUUUCUUUCAGUGCAUUCAACCUCUGCAGUAAUAAACAUCACUCCACCUGCUCAACCAAAUGGAAUUAUCAGCUUGUACAGGCUGUUUGCUCGCAGUGGGACCAGGAGUGAUGACCUAUUGCUUUCUGAAGGAACAUUAACACAGCAAACUAUUCAUGGACUAGAGCCCUUUACUAACUAUUCCAUUGGUGUAGAGGCAUGCACUUGUUUUAAGUGCUGUAGCAAAGGACCUGUGGCAAAGCUUGCUACUCACUCAUCAGCUCCUGCCAAUCAGCCUCCUCCGCUGGCUCAGAAUAUAAAAUCAAUGAGUGCUAAUUUGCAAUGGGAUGCUCCACAGUCACCUAAUGGUCACAUUCAAAGCUAUGAGCUGCAGAUGCUCACUCCCUGCCCUCAGCCAAUGCAACCAAUAGCACAGUCUUGUACUGCUGAAUCCAUUAAAGUUGUAUACACCGGAAAAGGCCAGAGCUUCAAUUUGACAGACCUUCAGCCUUACACAAGUUAUAACCUUAAAAUAAUAAGCUACAACUCAGUAGGCAGCACAGCCUCCGAGUGGAUUACCCUUACUACACAGAAAGAGAUGCCCAAGUACAAAGCACCAUUCAGUGUAACCAGCAACUUGACAACAAUUUAUGUGGACUGGAGUCAAACAUUCCAGUUGAAUGGAAAGCUGGAAGAGUAUGUACUGACAGAGAACAACCUGCGGAUGUACAGUGGGUUCGACAGUGGAUUGCAUAUUCCAAGAACAUCUGAUAAAACUUUUCUGUUCAAAAUUACAUGUGUAACAGAUAUGGGAAGUGCUAGUACCCCCAUCAUCAAAUAUAACACAGCAACAGGUGUCGGUUCUAUAAUACCUAUUGUUGAGGAGAAAACAGGAGUACUACAAUCAAAUACUCCAUUCUACAAUGAAUUGUGGUUCAUUAUAAUCAUGGCGAUUCUUGGGUUGCUAUUUGUGGCUAUAUUCUUGGCCAUCCUUCUACAAAGGGCAAUAAAUAAACAACCAUACAAACGAGAGAGGCCUCCUUUAAUUCCACUGCAGAAAAGGACUAAUUUGCCUAAUGAAUCCUUCAUGUUUGAUGCUAUUGCAGCACCCUCUGAUGCUUCAAGUUCUGUCACACUUAAAAGUUAUACAAUGUGUUUUGAGGGACUAACAGACACAAAAAUCACAGGACGUGGAUCUCACAUCAGUAAUUCCAACAUCUCAGUGCUAUGUGUGCCAAGCCCGAGUCAGCUGAGACACGCUUAUUCUCAGACUUCCCUGCACCGCAGUGUCAGUCAGCUGAUUGACACCCAUGACAGAAAAUCCCUCAUUGAAGACUCAGUUUGGGACUCCCUUGGACAGGGUCGUGACAGUGGAAUGUACCCAGAUGAUGAAGAACUAUUGGAGUCAAUUAAAGGCUUUAGUUCAGUUGCAAAGGAGCACACAAUAUUCACCGACACCCAGUUGUAA